AUGUCUACUCUAAGUCAACAACGCAAACUAGUUGAACAACUUCGUCAGGAGGCGAAUUUAAAUCGUCGACCAGUCUCCGAAUGUGUACAAGAAAUGAUUAUAUAUAUGGAACAGAACAGAGAUAAAGACUGUUUAGUGUCUGGUUUUGCAAGCAAGAAGGAUAAUCCAUUUCAAGAGAAAGGCGGGUGUAUUGUGAUCUAG